AAGGGAAAGAAGUCAGUCCUCAGUCCCCACACUAAAGAGAAGAGUGGAUUCGGCCUCUCUCUCUCUGUCUCUUUCUCUUUUUCUCUCUCCUUUUCUCCUUCUCUGUUAUCCCCCUCUCAUCUUGCCUUUUCAGUCAGUCACUUCGUGGGCCUCUUCCACAACUGAUCACCUUGUCUGAAGCUCUCUUCAGCUCCUCCUUUCCAACAUCAGCCACCAACCAACAACCAACCUCAGAAAAAUACACACACCAAAAGACUUGAUAAGAAUCUCGUUCCACCAUGAGGUGUCUCCAUCGUCAGCUGACUUGGUACUGCCAAUGUGUGUUCCUGUGCUUCAUCUUGACCACUUGGAUCGUGCCCAAAGAGGUCUCGGGCCUCAAAUGCUUCUUGGACAUCUCGGGCAUCAAAAGGCCAGAUAACGAUGAUGAGAAAGUGGACACAAGCCGAUUCAAGCAGUAUGAUUGUUCCCUUCAAGGGGGAAAAGUCGAAAAGCCGUGCAUGACCAAAACAGAUAAAACGGGGAUCGUUACUCGAAACUGCGCUACGAUCGCCAAGAACCAGGAGGGUUGCGAAGAAGACGUCCAUGGGAAUAUUCUUUGCUACUGCCUCACCGAUUUUUGCAAUGGAGCCUACUCGAAUAUCCGUGCGCCCACCUUGACAUUGGCCUUUGCCUUGGGUCUGGUCGUUUUCCUUGGCCGCGAUAGCUUUCAUCAGAGAUUGAAAUAAAACUCCUACGUUUGAA